UUCGAUAUCGAUCCCCCAAGUUUUCAAGGUAGACGUUUUUAGGCGCCGUUUUUUUUAUUCAGGCCGGUCUCCGACAGCUACAGCAACGGCUGUGACAGGAGUAACAGCCAGCGAUUCGAUCGUGCCCAAAGAAAAACUAUGACGGAGUGGCAGAACGGAAUAUCGCGAACGCGUACAUUUGGGCGUCGAUUUCUGUACGUCGCUAAACGCUAAAAUACUUUUUUUUUUAAAUAAUUUUGAUAUUGAGCGGUGGAAACAACUAUCGUAAAAGCUUUUCGUUUUUUCUUGGUUAAGAAUCGAAAAGAAUUGAUGAUAUCCGUAUUUUCAUUGAGCAGUUUCAGUCUCAGCAUGUCAGCCGACGAGAAGGAUUACAAGGAAAGGCUCAUAGCUACUGUAAAGAAGGAAGUAAAACAGGUGAUGGAAGAGUCUGUCACUCGAAAAUUCGUCCACGAAGAAAGCGGAUCCGUGACAUCAUUAUGUGGAGCCGUGGAAAAUUGUUUAUCCCAAGGUUUAAGACGAAGGGCUUUAGGUCUAUUUAAGACCUCUUCUACUACCGCACUUUUGCACAAAAUAGCUAAACAUUGUGCUGAGGCCGACAGGAUAUCAAAAAAGGUACAAGAAAUUGAAAAUGUGGAUCCUAACAGAAGGUCUAGCAGCAGCAGCGAUAGUGUUACAAAACCUACAUUAAAGAAAAAUCUUUCGUUUCCUACCAGUCCAUUACCUCGUUAUUUAUGGAUAAGAUUAGCACUGUUUGAUAAGCAGCUAUCGAAAAUUAUUGACUAUUUAGUCAGUAACGCUCCCAAAUACUACGACAAAGAUGCUUUGGUAGCAGAUCCAGAUUAUGGCACAAUUUUGAGUUCUCUUUUGGUCGGACCGUGUGCUUUGGAUUACUCACGUACCAAGAGCGUUGAGCAGUUUUGGACAGAUCCACCUGCUGAUGAAUUGGUUCAAAGGCACCGAAUUUCAAGUGGUCAUUCUACACCGCCAUCAGUACGAAGGCCCAUAUUAAACUUUCGAAGAUCGCUAAACACAUCUUCAGAAGAUACCUUUGUAUCGAGAAGCACAACUCAGCACUUGGCUAAAGAUUACGUGGAGAGUUUGCACCAAAAUUCGAGAGCUGCACUACUUUUCGGAAAAAACAACGUACUGGUCAUGCCAGCUAAAGAUGAUGUAACCGAGCCUAUGCCAGGUUAUCUAAGUUUGCAUCAAACUCCUAGUGGUUUAACAAUAAAAUGGACUCCAAACCAGUUAAUGAAUGGUUUUACAGAAGAAUCACAAGACAAAAGCAUAUACUGGGAUUACGCUCUGCAAGUUCGUUUAGAUGACAUAGUAUACGUCCACUGUCAUCAAGAUAGUGAAGCCGGUGGAACAAUUAUUUUGGUAGGACAAGAUGGCGUCCAGAGGCCACCAAUACGUUUUCCAAAAGGUGGUCAUAUGCUGGCGUUUCUUAGCUGUUUGGAGACCGGUCUACUACCAAGAGGGCGAUUAGAUCCACCGUUAUGGUCACAACGGUGUGGUGCUAACUCAACAACCAAAAGACGAAGACCAUUGCCAGCCUUGUCAGAGACCGAAGAAGCAACCAAAGAUUAUGUAUUUAGAAUAAUCGAUAAUAGUGAUCAUAAACAUUUGUUAAAAAGAAACGAUUUGAUGGAUAUCAAGGCUUCCCUACCGACAAAAGUAAGAGUACAACUAUGCAGUACCAGUACUAGUUCAGAAAGUUCUUCUAAAAGCUUGAGUAUAGAUCAACAGAUAGUUCCAGAUAGUCCUCCAAACGUCUGUAUUCAAGCAGUUUGUGAUUCAAUGAAAAAACAAAUAAUAUCAAGAGCCUUCUACGGCUGGUUAGCCUACUGUAGACAUCUAUCUACAGUUCGAACUCAUUUAAGUGGUUUGGUCAAUAGUAAGAUAAUACAUGGGGAGAAUGCAUCACAAGGAAUUACUUUAGAAAAAUGGCAAGAGCUAUGUGUCAAUGGUGUCGUCACAGAUUAUGCCGAAGUCUACAGGUUAACCUAUUUUGGUGGUAUAUUUCACGAUUUACGCGUUGAAAUAUGGCCUUAUUUACUGGGCCACUACAAAUUUGGCAGUACAAAUGAACAAAGAAAAGAACUAGAUGAAGAAACUAAGCAAGCUUAUGAAAAUACGAUGUCUGAAUGGUUAGCAGUUGAAGCCAUUGUAAGACAAAGAGACAAAGAAGACCAGGCUCACGCUAUUGCGAAAUUAAGUAGCGAGAGUAUGUCUGGUGAACAAGUGCCUAAUGAAAUACAAAGAGACUUAAGUAAUGAGGUGUUUGAAGAUAUUGUAACAGAUGAUGAAGAGUCGGAAUCAGAGGAUGAGAAAGAAAGCAAUCAAAGAAACAAAAAACCGAGGAAAACUAAACAAAAUACCAUUAAAUAUGACAGUGAUACCGAAGAUGGUGAGAAACAAGAACCAGUUGAUCAAAGCAACGAAGAAUUAAACAACGGUCAUUCAGCAGAAAAAUGUGAUGUACAAGAUAAUGAGAAUGAAAACAUUGAUGGAACAGUAAAUAACUGUCUAGAUGGCGAAAAUCUAACUUGCGAACUUCAAAUUCAUGGCAGUAUUGAUGUAGAGAUAGAUAAUAGAGAAGAAUUGAAAGACUUUAUACACAACGUUAUUGUCACCAAUGCCUCUGUAGAUAUAAGUAAUUUAGAAAACGAGUGUCCUAUACGAAAUCAUUUAGAUGCAGUGACUGAAGAAAACAACUCUUCUUUGGACACCUGCAUUGAAACGCAUGGUUUAGCCAGCCCGGCAAGGUCAGCAUGUGUUUCGCCGGCAAGUUCAAAUGGUGGAGUUUAUAGCCAAGAACUGCUAAAAACCUUUGGACUGAACUUACAUAGAAUAGAAAAAGAUGUACAAAGAUGCGAUCGAAACUACUGGUAUUUUGCUGGCGAGAAUUUAGACAAACUAAGGAAUGUUAUGUGCACUUAUGUUUGGGAACAUUUAGAUAUUGGUUAUAUGCAGGGAAUGUGUGACCUUGUAGCCCCUCUUCUUGUAACAUUUGACGACGAAUCAUUGACAUAUGCUUGCUUUUGUCAUCUAAUGGAAAGAAUGAUUGAAAAUUUUCCAAAUGGCAACGCGAUGGAUUGUCAUUUCGCCAACAUGAGAAGCUUAAUUCAAAUUUUAGAUGCUGAGAUGUACGAACAAAUGCAUGCUCAUGGAGAUUAUACGCACUUUUAUUUUUGCUAUAGAUGGUUUUUGCUUGAUUUUAAAAGGGAAUUGGUUUAUCCCGAUGUUUUUACAACGUGGGAGGUUAUUUGGGCGGCACAGCAAGUGGCAUCAAGCCAUUUUGUGUUGUUUUUAGCGUUAGCGCUAUUAGAAACAUACAGAGACAUCAUAUUAUCAAAUGGAAUGGAUUUUACAGAUAUCAUUAAAUUCUUUAACGAAAUGGCUGAAAGGCACGACGCAGCAGCUGUUCUAAAAUUAGCAAGGGAGUUGGUUUUACAACUUCAGCUUCUUAUAGAAAACAAAUAAGUGAUGCAAUGAAUCUUGUGAUGAUCAGAAAAUCUAAAACAGUAUUCCCAGCAUCAAACAGAACGCACAUCUUUAGGGAAGUAGGAAGUUUUUGCGAAAGUAAAAAAAAGUAGAAAUAUUUUCUUAAAGGACAUACUUUAACAAAGGCAUGUCAUUAAAGUAGGUGAUGAAUUUUGUAUAUAUGUCAGAAGCUAAUUAACUAAAUAAACUUAAACAUGUUCUUCCUGUAUAGAUCUUAUAAAUCAAAUUGAGGUCACCUGUAAUUUAUACUAAAAUGUAUUGUAACACUAUCAAAAUAUAUUAUAUUAUUGUAAAAACACAAUCAAAUAUAUGCAAAAAUAUUAUUUACAGUGUAAAUGAGAAGAACCAGAUUUUUGUGAUACUAUAGUACCAUAUUUAGUAUAAGAUAAAAUUAAUAAUAUUGAAAAUUAUUUUAAAGAAAGUUUUUAUCCCUUACUUUUAAAUACAUACAUAUAUUUUAUUAUAAAAAGAACUAACUAAUUUAUCAGAGUAAAAUAAUACCCGAGAUAAUACCUAUUAAAUCAUAUAGUACGAAUUAUUAUAAAUUAAUAUAAUUUAUUUUUGUGUAAAUAAAUAUUAAAAAAAUUUUAUUGAUAAAUUAUAAGUAAUUAGAAAUAUCUUAAGGUGCCAAAGAUUACCAUACAACGUAAAGAUGAUUCUGUAUAUCAAGUAAUAUUUAUGAGUUAUUUAAAUGUGCUUAAACUAUUUUUAUAAUAUAGUCCUACUAUUUUAUUAUAUUCUUAUAGUUGUCUUACAAAUAUUAUAUGGUUAAAUGUAUCCCUAAUACUUUAUAUUUUAACGCACAGAUGUAUCAGAACCUUAUUUAAUUUUAUAAUAAAAUAUUUCUAAUGUUAUAUAGCUGAAAAUUUUAAAUUUAUAUUCAUAUAUGUGUUAAUGUAUAUUUGCAAAUUUUAUCUCUGAAUUAUAUCAUUCCUGUAACCUUAUAAAUAUCAUAAUUCAUAAAUAUUUUUAGGCAAAUAUUUUAAAACUAGAACGUUUAUUAUAAUAUAUUCCUUCAUAUUGGAAUGAAUAAAAGUACCAUAUAAUAAAAAACACCCCUAUAUGUAACUUAUUCAGAGUUGAAAGAACAAAAAAAUAAUAUUUAAAAAGAAAAAUAAUUUUGUCAAUCAUUCAGACAUAUGUAUAUUAAGUUAAAAGUACAAGCUUGGAAAUCUUAUUGUUUUUUGUGUAUUAAUUAUUAUUAACUCUAAGUAUUACUUUCGAUUUUGAAUGAAUGAUAUAGAUGGGUCGGUUGGACAAAUAUUUUCAUCAAUUCUUAAGUCACUUUGAUGCCGUUUUAAUUUCCAUUAUAACCACUACAGGGAAACUAUUAUGAAAGUAGAUGUUUGUAGGUUGGAUCAAUUUACGUCAAAUAUUUCUGACAUUAAAUACCUUAUGAUCGAAAAAACGCCUCCCAGUUGGUUUGAAAAUGACGAUCGAUGACAUCCCCCAUAUAAUUUUACAUAUAAAAGACAGCGAUCUUCAUUUCAU